UCCCAAGCAACUUUUUGUUGGACUUGGGCAACCCAGUCUACCACACCACCGUGGUGACGACGCCUGUUCCCGCCCUUGACCUCCUCUCCCUCUUUCUCCAUCCCUCUUGACUCGCCAUUCUCCCACGCAGGUCAGUCCUGCUGCCUGCACUCUCGGCCGAUGACGGUCCUUCGAAUCGACAUGGCGAACAAAGCAACAGUCAAAGUCAACGGUGCCAACGGCACCAACGGUACCAAUGGAACCAAUGGUCUCAAUGGACAUGCGACCAACGGGUCUUCAGACCUCUCCCCUCGAAACUCCAAAGUGAAAAUCAGAAAGGCCUCGUCUCCCAUGGCACCUCCCUUUAUGGUAUCUGCCCCAGGCAAGGUCAUUGUCUUUGGCGAACACGCUGUCGUCCACGGCAAAGCUGCCAUGGCCGCCGCAAUCUCCCUACGAACAUACUUCCUCGUCACCACCCUCUCAAAGUCCCAGCGGACCAUUCAGUUGAUCUUUCCAGAUAUUGCACUUGAUCAUACCUGGAACAUAGACAACCUACCAUGGCACGUGUUGGGCCAGACCUCACGGAAACCACGCUACUAUGACAUGGUCACCUCACUGGACCCAGAUUUGGUCAAAGCAAUGCAACCACAUAUCGAAACCGUAUCUCCUCACCUUCCUCCUGACGCAAGAAAGAUCCACCAAGCUGCUGCUUCCUCAUUUCUAUACCUUUUCCUCUGCUUGAGCAGCCCCUCUGCCCCGGCCGCAAUAUACACCCUGCGCUCAACCUUGCCCAUUGGUGCAGGCCUCGGCUCCAGCGCAAGUAUUUGCGUUUGCAUCAGCGCUGCCCUCCUUAAACAAAUCCACGUUCUCUCAGGUCCACAUCAUGACCAGCCUGAAGAGGAAGUAGAUGUCCAACUCGAAAGAAUAAACAAGUGGGCAUUUGUUGGCGAACUGUGCAUACAUGGAAACCCUAGCGGUAUAGACAAUACUGUGGCAACUAGAGGAAGAGCUGUACUGUUCAAAAGAACCGAUUACCAGAAACCUCCGACUUCGACCCCACUGAGGGACUUUCCCGAGCUUCCUCUUCUCUUGAUCAACACAAAGCAACCUCGUACCACCGCAGCUGAGGUAGCCAAAGUUGGCGCACUGUUGAAAAAAUACCCUGCCGUCACUGAGGCCACCCUACACAACAUCGAUGAAGUCACCAUGUCCGCAUACAACUUGAUUACUUCCAGUGACUUCGACCCCACCUCCUCCCAGAACAUUGAACAUCUCGGCGACCUGUUCCGCAUCAAUCACGGGCUGUUGGUCUCACUUGGUGUCUCUCAUCCCAAGCUGGAGUACAUCCGAGAGCUCGUCGACUAUGCCGGCAUUGGAUGGACCAAACUGACAGGGGCUGGUGGCGGCGGAUGCGCCAUUACCCUAUUAAAGAACGACGCGGACCCUGAACAUUUAGACCAGCUACAAGAAAAGUUCGAGGCGGCCGGAUUCGAAGAAUUCAAGACUACUUUGGGAGGGAGUGGCGUAGGCAUGCUCUACCCGGCCAUCCUUCGAAAUGGGACAGACGAAGAAGGAGGCGAAGAAAUUGACCAACAGAAAUUCUUGAACGCCGAGGGCGCCGAGGGUAUUGAAGCCUUGGUGGGUGUUGGUCUAUUGCAAAGACGCACCGAGUGGAAAUUCUGGCAAUAAUCUCCCUCAUCUGCACCAACCAUGGAUUAAUACUUGUAUCAAUAGCGAUGGAGUAUGGCAGCAUUUGGCUCAUGCAUGGAACUGCUAGGGGUCAUUGUGUACAGCACGGCAUGCUCCUUGUAUAUGCCGUGGAUUGUCUACACAGUUGAACUCUCAACAUUGCGGCGACCUCUCUAGUGAGGAUAAUGAGUACUACGGAGUAAUAUGUAAUAAUGAUCGUGAU